AUGAAGGGGUUAGUUUCUGGGAAAGUUGUUGAGGAAGAGAGUGUCAUGAUGGUCUCAAAGGAGUGCAGUGCUGUGCUGCAGAACAAAGUGCUGAAGAAGAGAAGUGAUCCAGGAAGAUUUGUUCUCUCAGUCAGGAUUGGUAAUGUGUUCCAAGCGAUUGGGUUACACCAAAUUCAAGCCGACAAAAUUUCGCUGGUGUUCGCUGAUAGAUCAACCAAAUAUCCUGUUGGUGUACUUGAGGAUCUGCAUGUUCAGUUAGGCGAUACACUCAUUCCAGCAGAUUUUGUGGUUCUGGAGCUUGAUGAAGAACCCAAGGAUCCUUUAAUAUUAGGUCGAUCCUUCUUAUGCACAGCUGGUGCAAUCAUAGAUAUGAAAGGAGGUGUUAUAGAUAUCCAGCUGGGAGAUAUGGUGGUGCGAUUUGAGAUGAAUAAACUCCUCAAGAAACCAAUGCUGGACGGGCAGACAUAUGUCAUUGAUGAUGGUUCAGACAUUGCUGAAGAGGUUGCUGAGAGGUUUUGGCCAUUGAUCCUUUGGAAGUGCACUUACAAAAGCCGAAGGAGAGCAUGGGUAUUUGAGUGA